GGCCACCCUGAAUUUAAUAAAUGUUUUGUUAAUAUAGUUACAACAUUUCAAUGUGUUCACGGACUUAGAUUUGAUUUGGGAAGAAUAAUGACAGUUGAGGAUAUAAGUAUCCUCUAUAAAUUAGAUGAAAAUUAUAAAAUUGGUCAGGGUGCAUUUGGAGAGAUUUAUCAUGCGUACUCUGUAGAAACUAAUCGUUGUGUAGCCUUAAAAAUUACAAAGUUCAUCACUGAAACCCGCAAAAAAAUUGCUGAAAAUGAAGUUAAAGUGCUAAAGCAUAUUAAGCACGAAUACAACGAAGAAACCAGAAACCGAAUUAUCGAAAUAUAUGGAAACAUGGAAGAAUAUGAAAGGAUGUACACCGUUUUAGAACUUUGCGGUCGUAAUUUAUUAAAUUACUUUCACGCAAAAAUGGGGGAGCUAGAAGAUACAUCCAAGAAUAAUUUUAUUAUGAAGAUUCUUAAAAGUGCUGCUAUAGCAAUUAAACAAUUACACGAUAAAAAUAUUAUUCAUUUGGACAUUAAAUUAGACAAUUUUGUACUUGGUUAUAAAAGCAAUCAAACUAGCAUUGUAACUAGGCCUGUUAUUAAUCUUAAAUUGAUAGACUUUAAUUCUUCUGUAAUCAGUGGAUGGGAUAUUGAUGAAGUUCAAUUAACAACUAUGAAUAGUGUAUUGAAGCCUCCAGAGCUUGAAAGAAAUGAUAUUGAAAAUGUAUCUUUAAGUGCAGAUAUUUGGGCUUUUGGUUUAAUGAGUUAUGAAAUUGUUUAUGGAGAAUUACCAAAAGGACGACCUGAACUAUUAGAGGUUUUGGAAAUUUAUCGAAAUGAUCACAGCAAAAAUUCACCUUUAGACUCUAUUAUAAAGGAUUGCAUUGCUGUUCACCCUAACGAGCGCCUUGAUAUUGAUCAAAUAUUAUAUGGGAUUAACGAAAUUUUAAAACGGGAGCACGGACACCAAUAGCGUAAUUUAUUUAUUCAAGUUUGAAACUAGCAUGUUUGGUAGAGCUUAGCCUGAGUUUUUUUUGUUACACAUCCAUUGAAUUUAGAGUUAACAGACCUUCAUUUUCAAAUUUUGAUUGUCAGUUUUACCAAAUUUUUUGGCUAACUGCAACGAAAAAAAUUCAGGCACGGAAGGAGGGAAAAUUACGAACAGAAAAUUUUAAGUUUUCGAUUUGUGGAAAUUUUUGCAGAUUUUUUUUUGGCAUUUUUAGCGGGGUUCUUAGAUUUUUUUCGAUUCUGGCGAGCUCUAAUAUUUCGCAACAUACCUCUUUAAUUGUGAUUUUUUAUAUUUACCCAGG